AUGGGCUCAAGCUGCAGAUGACCUUCAAAUAACAUAUGAAAAUUUAACUGGUGAUGUCUUAGUGUCAGCAGGAGUAAUAGCCUACCUUGGUGCUUUCACAUCUGGCUUUCGACAAACAUGUACAAAGAUUGGAGCAUGUUGUGAGAAAAAAAUUCCAUGUUCAGAGGUCCUGUUGAGUAGGACGCUGGGCGAUCCAGUAAAUCAGAGUUGGAAUAUCGCUGGGUUACCAACAGACACAUUCUCUGUAGAUAAUGGAGUAAUUGUUAAUAACUCUAGGAGAUGGCCUUUAAUGAUUGAUCAGGGUCAAGCCAAUAAGUGGAUCAAAAACUCUGAGAAAGAAAAUCAGCUUAGUGUAAUUAAGCUAUCAGAUUCAGACUAUAUGAGAACAUUGGAAAACUGUAUUCAGUUUGGAAUUCCACUUCUACUAGAAAAUGUUGGCGAAGAACUGGAUCCAUCUUUGGAACCUUUACUACUUAGACAAACUUUUAAACAAGGUGGCAUUGAUUGCAUCAGACUUGGUGAGGUUAUUAUUGAAUAUUCUUUUGAUUUCAAAUUUUAUAUCACCACAAAGCUAAGAAAUCCACACUAUAUGCCAGAGCUGGCUACAAAACUGUCUUUGCUCAAUUUUAUGAUAACUCCAGAAGGACUUGAAGAUCAGUUACUAGGUAUUGUUGUUGCAAAGGAGAGACCAGAAUUAGAAGAGGAACGGAAUGCUCUUAUUCUUCAGUCUGCAGCUAAUAAGAAACAGCUAAAAGAAAUAGAGACAAAAAUUUUAGAAACAUUAUCAUCUUCAGAAGGGAAUAUUUUAGAAGAUGAAAGUGCAAUUAAAGUGUUAGACUCUGCCAAAAUAAUGUCCAAUGAGAUAACAAAGAAACAGCAGAUUGCAGAAAAAACAGAACUUAAAAUAGCAGAGUCUCGAGAAGGCUAUAGACCCAUUGCUAAGCAUUCAUCAGUAUUGUUCUUUAGCAUUGCAGACCUGGCUAACAUUGAUCCCAUGUACCAGUACUCUCUCAUCUGGUUUGUGAACCUUUAUAUCAACUCUAUUCAUGACAGUAAUAAAUCCAAAAUUUUGGAAAAGCGCCUACGAUAUUUAAAUGAUCACUUCACAUACAACUUAUACUGUAACAUAUGCCGAUCACUAUUUGAGAAGGACAAGCUAUUAUUUUCCUUUUUACUAUGUGCUAAUCUUCUUCUGGCAAGGAAAGAGAUUGAAUACCAGGAACUGAUGUUUCUUUUAACGGGAGGAGUGAGCCUUAAGAGUGCUGAGAAAAAUCCUGAUCCAACUUGGCUACAGGAUAAAAGCUGGGAGGAAAUUUGUAGAGCAAGUGAAUUUUCUGCUUUCAAAGGACUCAGAGAGCAUUUUUGUGAACAUAUAAAUGAAUGGCGAGAAAUCUAUGACAGUAAAGAGCCUCAUAAUGUGAAAUUUCCAGAACCAAUGGAUAAGAAUCUAAAUGAACUACAGAAAAUAAUAAUUCUUCGGUGUUUAAGACCUGAUAAGAUAACCCCAGCUAUAACAAAUUAUGUAACUGACAAACUAGGGAAAAAAUUUGUAGAACCUCCACCAUUUGAUUUGACAAAGAGUUACUUGGAUUCAAACUGCACCAUUCCCUUAAUUUUUGUGCUGUCACCAGGAGCAGAUCCUAUGGCCAGCCUGCUGAAGUUUGCAAAUGAUAAAUCUAUGUCUGGAAAUAAGUUUCAAGCCAUUUCACUGGGACAGGGACAAGGACCAAUUGCAACAAAAAUGAUUACAGCAGCAGUAGAAGAAGGAACCUGGGUUUGCCUACAGAAUUGUCACCUUGCUGUCUCUUGGAUGCCCAUGUUGGAAAAAAUAUGUGAGGAUUUUUCCACAGAAAUCUGUAAUUCGUCUUUUAGGCUUUGGCUUACAAGCUAUCCAUCUCCAAAAUUCCCAGUAACAAUUCUACAGAAUGGAGUAAAAAUGACUAAUGAACCUCCUACAGGUCUCCGGCUAAAUCUCCUUCAAUCAUAUCUCACUGAUCCAGUUUCUGAUACUCAGUUUUUCAAGGGAUGCCAGGGAAAAGAACUG